GUUUUUUUAAUUUAGCAUGCAGUGAUUCUCACUCUUUAAAAUUGGUCAUAUUGCCUUGCAUAAUGGCCUCCCUACGGCGCAUUGCUGUAGCCACCAGCUCGGCGAUCAUCCGGCUGACGACCUUCACGUUUCUGCGAUGGAUCCCUGGCCAUCACUUUGUGCCUCUUGUGGUUACCUCCCUAGUGGUGUACCUAUCGUCAAUAUUCUCAUUGCUCACCCAGCCUCAGCAAAGCCAGACAGCUAAAACCGGAGGCUCAAACAGGCAUAAGUCAGUGCCUCGCCAUGCCAAUGCCGGCGAUUCUGUGCUUAAAACACUGUUGACAGGGCUGCCCUCGGCAAAGUGGCCCCUGUGGACCAGGAUCACAAUAUUAAUCAAUGUCGUCCUGGCAGUGCUAACGCUUGACUUUUUGACCCGUGGUAUUCUACUUUAUCCUACCACAAAUGUUGCAUUCUCACGCAUUGGAUAUGUCUCUCCGACCACUGCCAACUUGGUCUUCCGCGAGCCAGAUUCGGCUCGCCUACCAGUGGCAGUCAUGUUCCAGGAGGUCUCUGGAAUGAGCGAAGACUGGUACGAAGAGGGCAUCGUUUACAAGCUGGAUAACUCCACCGACUUCACUACGAAUGUGACCCUAACCGACCUGAAGCCGGGGACACAUUAUCGCUACUCGCUGUCUAACAACAAGUCUGGCACAUUUAUCACGGCGCCAUCGCCCGAAACUCCUGAAGCAAGCCGACUAUCCUUUGUAACAUCAAGUUGCGUGAAGCCCAACUUCCCUUACAACCUACUAUCACACCCACUGCGAAUCCCAGGCCUCGAACAAAUGACCGACGCCCUCGCCAAACUGCCCAAGCUACUCCGCCCAGCAUUCAUGCUCUUCCUAGGGGACUUCAUCUACAUAGACGUCCCCUGGCGCUUCGGCUCAACAAUGUCGCACUACCGGAGCGAGUACAGACGCGUCUACUCAUCCCCCUCCUGGACCCACGGACCAGAAGAAAACCGCGCCAUCGACCUUCCCUGGCUACACACUCUGGACGACCACGAGAUCGAAAACGACUGGUCGCAGGGCAACGAAACGGCUCCGUAUCCCGCAGCAGCAGACCCCUUCAUCCACUACCACGUGCGAGCAAACCCACCCAUCCCACAAGCACCAUUCGCCCACCCAGACAACGUAACCUACUUCGCCUUCACGCACGGCCCAGCCUCAUUCUUCAUGCUGGACACACGCACCUACCGCACCGAGCCCUCGCAUAAGAACUCAACCAUCCUCGGCGGUUCCCAGCUCCAAUCCCUACUCACGUACAUCUCAACCCCGGAGCCAGCAGGCACACACUGGAAAAUCAUUUCCUCCAGCGUGCCAUUCACUAAGAACUGGCAUGUCGGCACGACCGAUACCUGGGGCGGGUUCCUGGACGAGCGUCGCACCGUCUUCGAAGCGAUGUGGCGCGCGGAGCGCGAUCUAGGUAUCCGUAUCGUCAUGCUUAGCGGUGAUAGACAUGAAUUCGGUGCUACUAGGUUCCCGGACCCGGAACUCAAAUUAGGUGCCGAUCAGCUUUUGCCUAAUACGGCUGGGGCAGGACUUCAUGAGUUCAGUGUUGGCCCAUUGAGCAUGUUUUACCUCCCCGUCCGUACGUACCACCAGACAGACUCUGAGGAUGUUAUGGUGAAGUAUGCGCCGAAUGGGAAUAGUAAGUUCGGGCUUAUCGAUAUUGCGGAUGAGGUUGAAGAUGUUGGGUCGACUGCUGCUGCGCCUGUUCGGGCUCGUAGCUCGGUCCUUACUUACUCGCUGUAUGUGGAUGGGGAGGUUGUUUGGAAGUAUCGUCUCAGUGUUCCGUUGGAUCGCGAUGCGAGUGUUCAUGGCCCGUCUCUGCCGCCGGGCCGUGUGGUUGAGGAUGUGAUUCCGGAUCUUGGUUGGAGUGUGGUGCUUGGGACUGUUGUGGGACGGUUUCCGGAGUUGACGAAGUGGAUUGUUGAGAUGGUUAAUGAUCUCUACUUUCAAGUUGCAGAUCGACUAUGGAAGAUUGAGAGACUAGAUUAGUUGAUUUGGUCGUUUCUCAGAUGGAUCGCCUUGCUUGCUCAUUCGAAUCUGUUCAGGGUAGGUUGGGUGACCAUAUUAUUAGAUAUUCCAAGCAGGUGGCCUCCCAGGUAUGAUGAUCCCCCGGAUAAGACAGCAGUGGGAUUAGCGCGACCUUGAAUAGCAC